AUGAAUCUUCAUAAUGUGAAAGUCAGUGGCGAGGCAGCAAAUGCAGAUGAGGCUGCAGCCAAGGAGUUCCUGGAAACCUUCAAGGAGAUCAUCGACAAGGAGCUUCAACUUGACCUGGAGGAGCAGGACUUUCAUGAGCUGCUAGCUGCACAGACAGAGGACCUCUCCAGUGAAGACCUCAUGGAGUUGGAGGAGCAGCAAAAACAAGAGGAAGAGAUUGAACCAUUGAAGCGGUUCCAGACCAAGCUGAUGCCAGAGGGAUUCAGCUUAAUUGAGAAAGCGCUAUCAUGGUUUGAGAUGCAGGACCCUAAUGUGGACUGCUUCACCAAGGUGUCUGCAGCUGUCCAUGAUGCAAUCCAGUGCUACAGUGUCAUUUAUGAGAAGACCAACACUCAAAAUUCACUGGACUGCUUCUUCAGGAAGGUGGAAAAAAGUGCUGUUUCAGUUACAGAGGACAAGCCUAGGCCAUCUCCGCAAGCGCCUACACCAUCACCACAAGUGCCUACGCCAUCACUGCAAGCACCCAUGCCAUCACAAGUGCCUACAUUGAUGCUGCCGCUUAUGUACAAUACGCUGCUGCCCUACGGCGACAAGCUGGAAGUCGAGGCCGGCUACCUCCUUGCCCAGAUCAAACUGAACCUCAGCCGGGCCGUUCAGCUUCAGGAGCUUUGGCCCGGCGGCCUCUUCUGGACGAGAAAGCUUUCCACGUAUCUCCGGCUCUAUGGGAGAAAGUUUAGUAAAGAAGAUCAUGUUCUUUUCAUCAAGCUGUUGUAUGAACUAGUAACUAUUCCAAAAUUGGAGAUCAGCAUGAUGCAAGGUUUUGCUCGACUUUUAAUAAACUUGCUGAAAAAAAAAGAACUUCUGUCAAGGGAUGAUUUAGAAUUGCCCUGGAGACCACUUUAUGAAAUGCUGGAACGUAUAUUGUAUUCUAAGACAGAACAUCUUGGAUUAAAUUGGUUUCCAAAUUCAUGUCGACCAGGCUUGUCUUCACCUAAAACAUUUGUGCUUAAUGUUUUACAUAGGUGCUCAGUAGAAAGUGUUUUGAAAACCCUUGUGAAAAAUUGUCGACUUUAUUUCCCAGAAAAUGCCACAGCAGAGAUGUUAGAUGAAUGGCGGCCAUUAAUGUGCCCUUUUGAUGUUACCAUGCAAAAAGCUAUCACUUAUUUUGAAUUGUUUCUGCCUACCACUCUUCCUCCAGAUUUCCACCACAAAGGUUUUAGGCUCUGGUUUGAUGAAUUCCUAGGCCUUUGGGUUUCAGUUCAAAAUCUUCCACAAUGGGAAGGGCAUUUAGUCAACCUUUUUGCACGUUUGGCAACUGAUAACAUAGGCUACAUCAACUGGGAUCCCUAUAUUCCAAAGAUAUUUACUAGAAUACUGCGUAGCUUGAAUCUUCCAGUGGGAAGCAAUCAAGUGUUGGUUCCACGAUUCCUAACAAAUGCUUAUGACAUAGGGCAUGCAGUUAUGUGGAUCACAGCUAUGAUGGGUGGACCAAGCAAGCUUGUACAAAAACAUUUGGCUGGGUUAUUCAAAAGUAUUGCAUCUUUCUACCAUCCCUCAAAUAAUGGCCGUUGGUUGAAUAAGCUAAUGAAGCUACUUCAGCGUCUACCCAGUAGUAUAGUCAGAAGACUGCAUCGUGAGCGCUAUAAGAAGAUGAGCUGGCUAACUCCUGUGCCUGAUAGCCAUAAGCUUACUGACCAGGACAUAACAGAAUUUGUAGAAUGCAUUAUACAACCUGUCUUGCUGGCAAUGUUUAGCAAAACUGGAAGUCUAGAGGCAGCCCAAGCUCUGCAGAAUCUUGCACUAAUGCGUCCUGAGUUGGUAAUCCCACCAGUACUUGAAAAAACAUAUCCUGCAUUAGAGACAUUAACAGAACCUCAUCAGCUCACAGCUACGUUAAGUUGUGUAAUUGGUGUAGCUCGUAGCCUGGUAUCUGGGGGCAAGUCAUUUCCUGAAGGUCCAACACACAUGUUGCCUCUGUUGAUGAGGGCAUUGCCUGGUGUGGAUCCAAAUGACUUUAGCAAAUGCAUGAUCACAUUCCAGUUUAUUGCAACGUUUUCUACUCUCGUGCCUUUAGUGGAUUGUUCAUCAGUACUACAAGAGAGAAAUGAUCUCACAGAGGUGGAGAGAGAACUGUGCUCUGCUACUGCUGAAUUUGAAGAUUUUGUACUGCAGUUUAUGGACAGAUGUUUUGGACUCAUAGAAAGCAGCACAUUGGAACAAACAAGAGAAGAGACUGAAACAGAAAAGAUGACUCAUUUAGAGAGCUUAGUGGAACUAGGCCUAUCUUCUACAUUCAGCACAAUCCUUACACAGUGCUCAAAAGAGAUAUUUAAGGUUGCUUUGGAGAAGGUUUUCAAUUUUGCUGUUUCAAAUAUUUUUGAGACAAGAGUGGCUGGUCGAAUGGUGGCUGAUAUGUGCCGAGCUGCUGUGAAAUGCUGUCCUGAGAAGUCUUUGAAGCUUUUUGUACCCCAUUGCUGCAGUGUUAUAACACAUCUUACUCUCAAUGAUGAUGUCUUGCAUGAUGAAGAGUUAGAUAAAGAACUCCUCUGGAAUCUUCAGCUUUUAUCAGAGAUCACUCGUGUGGAUGGGAAGAAGUUGCUGCCAUACAGGGAGCAGCUUUUGAAGAUUCUACAACGAACCCUCCAUUUAACCUGUAAGCAGGGUUACAUUCUGUCUUGUAACCUACUGCACCAUCUUCUUCGUUCUACUACACUUAUCUACCCCACAGAAUACUGCAGUGUGCCAGGUGGUUUUGACCAGCCUCUUUCUGAAUACUUUCCUAUCAAGGACUGGGGUAAACCUGGUGAUCUACAGAAACUUAAUAUUCAGUGGCAUGUUCCUUCAGCCGAAGAAACUGCUUUUUCCUUUGAAUUGUUGGAUUCUUUUCUCCAGCCAGAGCUUGACAAACUAGAGCGCUAUGCAGAUGGAGUUCUUGAAAUGUCCAGAGAUGAUGUUCAACAGGGUCUUACUAUAGUACACAAUUGCCUUAUUGGAUCGGGAAACAUGCUGCCACCUCUGAAAGGAAACAAAGUGCCUCACAUGGUUCCAAGUCUAGUGUCAUUAGAAGAGAUCAAACUUUAUACUGGUGUUGAAUAUGAUUUGUCAAGAGAGAAUUACAGGGAAAGAAUCUGCAAAGUCACAAGAAAACUCCUACAUUUUGUACUUGACAACUCGGAGGAUGAUACUAAGUCUUUGUUCCUAAUCAUUAAGAUCAUUGGGGACCUCUUACAUUUCCAAGGUUCACACAAGCAUGAGUUUGAUUCACGGUGGAAAAGCUUUAACUUGGUGAAGAAAUCAAUGGAGAAUAGGCUUCAAGGCAAGAAACAGCAUAUUAGAGCACUGCUCAUUGACAGAGUCAUGUUACAGCAUGAGCUAAGAACUCUCACUGUUGAAGGCUGUGAAUAUAAAAAAGUACAUCAAAACUUGAUCAGGGACCUUCUUCGUUUGUCUACAAGUUCAUAUGGCCAGGUCAGGAACAAAGCUCAACAAGCCUUCUUCACAGCGUUGGGGACUUACAACUUCUGUUGCCGGGACAUCAUUCCUUUGGUUUUGGAGUUUUUGAGGCCAGAUGGGUACAGUGUCACCCAGCAACAGUUUAAAGGUGCCUUGUAUUGCCUUCUUGGAAAUCAUAGUGGAGUAUGUCUGGCAAAUCUUCAUGAUUGGGACUGCAUUGUCCAAACCUGGCCUGCAAUUGUCUCUUCUGGACUUAGCAAAGCAAUGUCUCUGGAAAAGCCAUCCAUAGUUAGACUCUUUGAUGACCUUGCAGAGAAAAUCCAUCGGCAGUAUGAGACAAUAGGACUGGAUUUUACU